GAACAUUUUGUAACAAAAAAAAGCAACCGAGAAUUGGUGUUGGCGGCUGCGCGGCCUCUGGUCAAAGCCAGCAGAGCACAGUUUCCAUCUGUAGCUGCAUUACCGCCUCCCUGCCCGGACUGAGAGAGAGAGACCAGGAUUUUCUUAAACCCUCGCACUUCAUAAUCCAAACACCUGCAAAAUAACCAGGUCCACAGCAACUGUGCGCCGUUAAUUGGAACAAUCAUCUUGUGCAAAUGGUGGAAUUUGUUCAUUAUUGUUGUCGAUACCAGGGAAGAUUUUGCAAAUGGGAUGAAUAAUUUUUGAAUACUCUGCCAGCGAUUGAACAAGCUGAGCUGGUUUGCUGAUUUUAUUGCGGAUGAUGCUUCUGCUGUGGAACUCUACAAUCUGAAAUUGCAUAACCGAGUAUAUACAGAAAACUGCCAUAGGUUGGAACUCGUUAUGGAGAAAACUAAAGAUAAAGAUAAAAUUGAUGAAAGAUCUAGAAUGACAAGGAGUGGUGGACGAAGUGCCCAUAAUUCUGGUGUUUUAAUGGUUGGACCCAACUUCAGGGUUGGAAAAAAAAUAGGAUGUGGCAAUUUUGGAGAACUUAGAUUAGGUAAAAACUUGUACACAAAUGAAUAUGUGGCGAUUAAAUUGGAACCAAUGAAGUCCAGAGCACCACAACUUCACUUGGAAUAUAGAUUUUACAAACAGCUGGGAUCUGGUGAUGGAAUUCCUCAGGUUUAUUACUUUGGUCCAUGUGGAAAAUACAAUGCCAUGGUGCUUGAAUUACUGGGACCUAGCUUGGAAGAUUUAUUUGACCUUUGUGACAGAACAUUUUCCCUUAAGACCGUGCUUAUGAUUGCUAUACAACUAAUUUCCCGAAUGGAGUAUGUUCACUCAAAGAACUUGAUAUACAGAGAUGUAAAGCCAGAGAACUUCUUGGUGGGACGACCAGGAAGCAAAAACCAGAAUGUAAUUCACAUAAUAGAUUUUGGACUUGCAAAAGAGUAUAUAGACCCAGAGACAAAAAAGCACAUCCCUUACAGAGAACAUAAAAGCCUUACUGGGACGGCAAGAUACAUGAGCAUCAAUACACAUUUAGGAAAAGAACAAAGCAGAAGAGAUGACUUAGAAGCAUUAGGUCAUAUGUUCAUGUAUUUCCUCCGUGGCAGUCUACCUUGGCAGGGCCUUAAGGCGGACACAUUAAAAGAAAGAUAUCAGAAAAUCGGGGAUACCAAGCGAGCGACACCUGUUGAAGUAUUGUGUGAAAACUUUCCAGAAGAAAUGGCUACGUAUUUACGCUAUGUAAGAAGGCUGGACUUCUUCGAGAAACCAGACUAUGACUACCUAAGGAAACUCUUCACAGACUUAUUCGAUAAGAAAGGUUACAUGUUCGAUUAUGAAUAUGACUGGAUCGGCAAACAGCUUCCCACUCCAGUUGGCUCAAUUCAUACAGAUAAUGCUCUCACGACAACCAACAGAGAUAGUCAUCAACACAGGGAUAGAACACAAGCCAAAAAUCAGUCAGCAGAGCACAGGGGUGCUUGGGACACUCAGCAGGCCAACUCCCAUCAGUUGAGAGCUCACCUGGCAGCUGACCGACAUGGUGGUUCUGUACAGCUGUUCACCAACACCAUUGAUCUCUCCCUACCGAUUCUUCCCAUACACACGGUGGUUAGUUCAACGAAUGGGGAAUUGAAUACAGACGAUCCAACAGCUGGACACUCCAAUGCACCGAUCACGGCCCCAGCUGAAGUAGAAGUAAUGGAUGAAACAAACUGCCAGAAAGUGUUGAACAUGUGGUGCUGCUGUUUCUUUAAACGGAGAAAAAGGAAAACUAUUCAACGUCACAAAUGACUCUGGAAGCCGUCUGAUCAUGGAGAAUUACUUACUUGUUCAUCUGCUGUCUCUUCAUAAACAAAAAAAAUCAAUCAUCUCUGCAGUGACAACAGACUUUAUCAAAGGACUUUUCCUUGUAUUUUUGCCCAGUAAUUUGGGCGGUUGUCUGAUGUGGGCGUUCUGUUUUUAUUUCAUCAUCUUGAAACUAUGUCGCAUCCUAUGUCUAUGUGUUCAUAUUUUGAGGUUGAAGGAGGGACCUUUUGCCAGGUAAUGUAUGAAACUCAAACUUUUUCUGUGACUUUAACCAAAUCAGGCUGGAGUUUGUUUAAAUACAAUGGGUUGAUUUGGUCCCAGCACGUGAAAGGCAGGAAUUGUAAGGUGCUUGGUAGUGACAACCUCUGAAUGUUUACAAGUUGAGAACUAAUUUUGUCGCCCAGGAGCUCCUUUGAAUAUAUCUGUAGUAAUUGCAUAGCCAGGGGUUUGGUCUGUCAGCCUGAUGAUCCAGGACAUGAUUAUCAUUAUCUCAAUAACUGAAGAAACUAGGACAAAACAAACAGACAAGUCUGAAUUCUACAAUUAUCUUUUAUUUAUCUUGAUUGAAGACCUCUGCACAAAAUUUUCAGUAUUACAUUUUAUGCUGUGUGCACCUGUCUUUGUCGAGGCUGCUGUCCAGAGCAACUGUGGAAGGAAUUGGGUUGAUUCAGCAGGUCGGCGAUUCAUGGCUGUUGCACUAUUACAAUACAAACAACCUGAGAUGGCUCCAGACAUUUGUGUGUACAAACAAUACCUGCUUUAUUUACCUCCAAAUGGAGAAGAAAUGCAGUAGAAGGGCAGCAUGUGCUUAUUGUAUGAUAUUAUGACAUGUUUGUAAAAUGUAAACUGUGCUUCCUGAUGUAUUGUUUGGACUGAUAGAUGCUGAAUGUCCUGAGAGCUCGUAGAAUGAAGGAGGUAAGAAGAUAUUUUGAUCAUGCUUUGAAAUAUGCCGUGAGGAAGCACAUGGACUAAACCUGUGAUGAUGGAUAAUGGGAGCGAUGUAUCAUGAAUGAACUUAAUACAUAAUACAUGAUUUAAAAUCCAGAAACUGCAAAUCAUAAUGGGCAGGGAAUUACUUUUGUGUCUGCAGUAUAUCACCAAAUGCUUUGGCCUAAAUGGAUUUUAGGUAAGACCUAGGUAACAUCUAGAAUUGUCAGGCAAUUUGGAUGCACUACGUCUAAUUCAUAAAAUAGUUCUUUAAUAGAAAGCUAAAGAAUGUGAAACAAAUGGGCCAGGUAAUAUUGCCUGUUGCAUUUAAUAGCUGUGGUACCUAAACUGUGCAGUUGUAUGUGAAGCAUUCCUUUCCUAUCGUAAAUAUAGCCGUUCAAAGACUUCAUUCUGGAGAUGGGUCAGGUACUUUCUCUAUAAAUCCUUAAAGUGCCUGCAUUAGGAACAGAUCAGCUGUUCUACAAAACAUCUCAUUCUGUUUUCCAUCUUCUGCUCAACGGUUCGCUUCCACAGACGUUUAAAUACACCACUGGGACUUCCAAUGUUGUGCAGUGUUUAUCAGCUGUUUUCUACAGGUUUUUAGUUUCAAUUUUGCGCUGAACGUCAAGUUCUGGGUUAUGUCUGAUGCAAUGUAUUAAAUUCAAAUAAUACGUUGUAUGCAAAUUUCUUUGCAUUUGAGUAGAAAGACUGGAAGAAAAGUUAGAAUAUUUUAACAUGAAACUGCAAAUCAUAAUGGGCAGGGAAUUACUUUUGUGUCUGCAGUAUAUGACCAAAUCUUUUUUCCUCUUAAUUACAUGAUGAGUGUAAAUAAGUACAGUAAUUUUUCUGUACCUCCACAAAUUUGAUCAUCACUUUCAAAUUAACUUUUGUUGGUAGGUCUUUUGCCUGUACGGAGUGCACAACGUGAUGUUGGCACAUAAAGCAAGGAAGGUGUACUGUAUAUUAAUGUAAUUAUGGACUGUAAUCUUUACAAACAAAUCAACCAUUUCCUGUUUGCUGAAAUGAAGACCAGUACAUCAGCACAAGCUUAUUGGCAAGAUUUCAAGUGCUGCAUUUUAUGCCUGGGAUCGAUUUUCCUUCCGACAAUGCAGUCUGAUCAUGAUUGGAAAAUGCAGCUGUGUUCAGUUUAGGCCAAUAAUUUUAUGCAGUCAUUGCUUUUCUGUCAAUACUAAUAAAGUGAACUCUGCCUGACUGUACAAGUGAUGUAAUACAUCUGUUUCCCAAUAUGUAACUGAAAAAAAAUAAAAGUAGUUUUUUUUAAA